GCCGUAUACAGAAUCGUAAUGUUUUAAGACCUAAUUGAUUGUUAUAUUUGUUGUGGAUUGAUGUUAUAAAAUGGAAACUAAUCUCCGCAAAAGAAAUCUUGAACAAGAAAAUAAUACAAGUGAACAUGAGGACCACCUUAGUGACUCAAGCAUAAUUGAGCCGACUGAACCUCCAAAACCAAAAGACGAGACACCAGAGUUUAUGAAGGAAGCUUUGAAGGAUUUAACUCCACGAUGGCGGAACUGGUGGAUUAGAGGCUUGUUCACUAUUUUAAUGAUUGGGUAUUUUGGACUUGUCAUUUAUCUUGGAACCUUCGCUUUUAUGGCUUCAGUAAUUCUGUUCCAAGUCAAAUGUUUCCAUGAAAUUAUCACUAUUGGACACCAGGUCUACAAAUCCUAUGAUUUACCUUGGUUUCGAACACUAAGUUGGUAUUUCUUGAUCUGCUCAAACUACUUCUUCUAUGGGGAAACUGCUAUGGAACAUUUUGCUGCGUUUAUACAGAGUGAGAAACAUAUGAUGUUCUUAGCAAAAUAUCACCGAUUGAUCUCAUUCAUGCUUUACUUGGUUGGAUUUAUGUUGUUUGUUUUAAGCCUGGUGAAGAAACGAUACAGACUGCAGUUUUUUAUGUUUGGUUGGACACACGUGACAUUGCUUAUUAUCGUUACACAAUCUCAUUUGCUGCUACAAAAUCUAUUGGAGGGAAUUAUCUGGUUGAUAGUCCCAGUAUCAAUGGUAAUAUGCAACGAUAUUAUGGCCUAUAUGUGUGGAUUUUUCUUCGGAAGGACCCCAUUAAUUAAGCUUUCACCAAAGAAAACAUGGGAGGGUUUUAUUGGAGGAGCGUUCUUUACUAUUAUAUUUGGUUGGCUGGUAAGUACACUGGUUUUAAGCUGUUCUUAUGAUAUUAGUAGCAUAGGCGUCUAACUUUUGAAAAAAGUUACCCAUUUGCUGCUACCAUUAUGGGCGUAUGUGUCAUUGGGCACACUGGCGUAAAGUUACGGGGUUGCAGGGUUGCCUGGCAACCCUUUGAUUUUCUCCAUACUAAUAAUGCGUAAGGAAUUACGUUCGACCAAACGAAGACGCCAUUAUUACUGCGAACAAACUUCAUUUACGUUCGUUAAAAUAUGUCAAUACCGAUGCGUCAUUCACGACACAAACGCAUUCAACUGGUAUUUAAACUCCUGUUUGCUAAAUAAUUCACGUGUGAAUCGCUAUUGUGACGUCAG